AUUUCCAUUUUUAUAUUCUCACUGUCCACCGGAAAUCAAUCUUUUGCGGGAAAUCAAAAGUUAAGAUAUAUGUUGUUUACCACCAAGAGAUAAGUUUAAUAUAACAUUCAAAGGGCCAUUGAAGCAGAACUAAAUAUGAAAGAGCAAGAUCGGAGUUUAGCAGCACGAAAACAAUACCACACAUCUGUAUUUGCACAGUGUUUUUCACCCUGCGGAAAGUUUCUGGCUGCAGCAAAUAACCAUGGCUCUAUUGCAAUUUUCAGUCUGACAACAGCUUUAUCGCCAGACAGCACAGAGGCUCUUUGGAAACCUGUAUACUCCUUUAAAGCUUCAGAGGAAGGAGCGAUAUUUUGUCUAGCUUCUUCAGACAUCUUCUUAAUCAGUGGCGGAAAUGGACCCAUUUGUGCGUGGAAGUGGUCAGACAUACUGAACAAGUCUCCAAAAGUGAUCUGGUCAUGGGCUAUUCCUAAAAAGGGACCCUUCUAUCAAACAGAGGUCAACACCAUUGUCAUAGACAAACAGGAAACACAAUGCCGACUAUAUGCUGGUUGUGGGGACAACAAUGUGUAUGUUUGGGACCUGGAGACCGGGGAACAACUGGUCACUUUGUCUGGACAUGAUAAUUACAUUCACAGUGUGUCCCUGAAAAAUAAAGGUCAGAUGUGUGCUACAGCAUCAGAGGAUGGCACAGUCAAACUUUGGGACAUGAGGCACCCAUCAGCAGCAGAACACACACUAGAACCAUACAAAAACCAGUUAUGUGCCCGACCUGAGUUUGGAAGGUGGCUGGGAUGUGUAGCUAUGGAGACGGGUGAUGACUGGUUGGUGUGUGGAGGCGGUCCAAAGAUGUCGUUAUGGCACCUACGAUCAUUAGAGGCCACCACUGUGUUUGAUACUCCAGCUGUAUGUCAGAAGACGGUCAUGUUCUACGAGGAUACGAUUAUUUCCGCGGGAGGUGAGCCAUACGUUAAUCAUUGGUACGUCAAUGGUGACCAGAAGUCUCGGAUACCUUGUACUCCUACCAAUGUCUUCAGUGUUGUUGUCAACACUGCCCUCAAUAGUCAUAAGGUGCUUUGUACUGCUGGGAACAGACCUAAGAUUGAUGUCUGCACAAACUUCGGAUACAAGGCAUUCUCAUUAACAUUCAGCUGAUCUUUCACAGAAAUCAUUAAAACAUGAAACAUUCAGUCCUA